AAGAGCUGUCGUCCCAGUCCAAAGCGUAACGGGCUCUUCUAGUUCUUCAUCUUCAUCUUCUCCCCCAAGUUGAUCUCCCCCACCCCCACCAACAAACCGCCGCCGCCGACGAGGCAUCGGCUCCCGGCUCUCGGCUCUCUCGCGCGCCUCCCCGAUGGGCGUCCUGUGGAGCAAGCCGGAGCCCCCGCCGCCAGUGGUGCUCGUGCCGCCGCUCUUCGACUACCCGCCCAUCGCCGCCCGCACCAGGAUGUUGGUGCCGGCCUAUGAGCUCAUGUUUGGGAAGCUCCCGCUGCGCACUCUGUUUGAGGACUACUUCGAUAACGCGGGGACCGUAUCCUCGAGGAUCAUGCUCAAGCCACUGGAGGAUCCUCACGUCGAUCUGGUUGCCAACGUAUCUGCAGCUGGCGAUAAAGCUAGUGGAACAGAAGUAAAAGGGGACGCUCUGUUUCGCUGGCAGAAAGAUUUGUACGAUCCCCACACCUUUGUGGACAUUCAUGUGUCGACUUCAGAACCCAUGCUGAAGCUGAGGUCAUGUGCUUACUUCCCUGAGUAUCGUCUUGGUGCAUUUGGGACAAUCCCGUUGCUAAUGGGAAACAACAGGCUGUCUUCUGAGGACUAUGCUGUCCUGGGUGUAAGAUAUGGUUCUGAAAAUCUAUCAAUUGGGGCGUCCUUUGUGCCAUUGCCUGAAUCUGCUGAGGUGCCAUAUGGAGCAUGGUUGGUUGGGAGAAAAGGGAGUUUAUGUGCAGGAGCACUAUAUAAGCCACUUAUAGGUGGAAACAAACAUCCUAUGCCAUACACGGACCCAAAGAACUGGAAUUAUGCAGUCAGUUAUGGUGUGGCCUCAACAAGCCCUCUCAGCCCUUCAUUCAAUUUUUCCCUAGAGCUUGCCAGAAAUACACAGCUCAUUGCAUCAUUCUAUCAGCACCUGGUUGUUCAAAGAAGAAUAAAGAACCCUUUUGAAGAUAAUCAGGUUGUUGGGAUCACAAACUACAUAGACUUGGGGCUUGAGUUGGCUACAGGGAUUGAUAAAAGUAAACCAGCAGAGAGUGGCAACAACUCCUUGUUUCAGUUAGGUGCAAGCUGGCAAGCUAACAAGAACUUCCUGCUGAAGGGAAAGCUGGGUCCUUCCAAGUCGUCCGUAGCUCUGGCAUUCAAGUCAUGGUGGAGACCAUCCUUCACGUUUAGCGUCACAGCGGAGAACGACCACUCGAAGGGGACGACGUCGUACGGCUUUGGAAUCCGUGUGGAGGAUCUCAGGAAGCCCAGCUACGAGAGGGCAGACCCGAACUACGUGAUGAUGUCGACGAACAAGGAGCACCUGGCGCCGGCCGCCCUGCGUGAGUUCGGGCAGCGGCCCAUGUUCCAGGCGGACGUGGAGUCGGGCAACUUCGACCACCUGCCCACGGAGCUCAGGCCCAUCAGCAAGAUUAUCUAGGAGCUCCAGCAAUGAAUCAUAGGACGUUGAGCUGAGUAGAGUAGCUCUGAAAAGACUAUUGUAGAUUUCAGUUUCAGGUUCAGUUGGCGAGAACGUACUAGUGGUUCACUUAGAAUUUUGCGCAGCUAUUCCAGUUAGACCCGUAGUAGGAGGAUGUAGGCAGUCGUGAACUUGUAGGCCUCGUUCGGUUCCACCUCUUCACAAGAGGAUUGGAGGGGAUUGGGGUGGAAUUUGACUUGUAGGGGAUUAUAUCCACCUCAAUCCCUGUCAAACCCUUUCCAAAUCCCUGUCAAACGAACAUGGCCGUAGUGAUGGUUGAGCCGAGAGCAUGCUGAAGCAUUAGUUGGUCGGA